AUGCUUAGGAAUCAAUGGAGACCUGUUAGUCGAAAUCUGCAUAUCUUUCGAGCCCUUGGAGGCUCACAAGUGAAGGAAAAGCUGCGAAGCUUUGAACACUCCAGCAUAGUGCUGCAUAAAACGUCCAAGGAAAUGGAACGGUUGAAUAAGAAGAAGCUGAUGAAACUGAAGAAACUCAGAAAAACAGCUUACUCGAAACAGCAGGCGAUUGACAUACUCAGCAAGAAGCACGGGUUUGCCGAUAAAGAUUCGAGAGAAAUUGAGCUUGGUCCCACAAGUCUGUCCGAUCUGAAGUUCAUGUCCACCACUCGGGAUCGAAGAAUGUUAUACACAAUUCUGGGAGUCAACGGGGAACAAUUGAGAGACUCUAAAUUGGUGAAAGAGGAUGCAGAGAAAUUCUUGAAACGUGGCCAGGUUGAAAAGGCAGUCUUUCUGGCAAGAUUAGCCAAAAAGAAGGGAGCCGCUGCCAUGAAUUCUAUAAUGGAAUACUAUCUGCAUGAUUUGCAGUAUCCGCAGUCCGCGGUUAAGAUGUACAACUGGAGAAAGAAAUGGGGAAUCCCGGCAAAUGAGUAUACCAACACAAUCUUGUUCAAAGGUCUUGCAAGACAAAGCCAACAUAUAUCCCGAGCAACUGGUGAGUUUAUUACGAAAGUCGUGAACAGGUCAAUCGAACGCGAGGAACUAAGUCAAAUCGAGUUCAACGCGGCUUUGGGAGCUCUAGCUAAUUGUACAGACGUGACGCUAGCUUUUGAGCUGUUCGACAGAAAACUGAAAGGGGUCAGGCGUGAUGCAAUCUCUUACUUGUGGAUGCUUCGAGCAAGCUCCCGAAUCAAGACGGAUCAGCUUUUCAAUACCAUUUUGGGCGGGUUGAUGGAAGGCAUGUCCGCGAAGUGCGUCGAUUCGCAGCUACUAUUUGAAUUCUGCAAGACGCUGGCUUCAAGAUCGGGAAGCAAGGAAACCAGAUGCUUGGCCCUAGCUGCCUUGAACAGCUACUUCAGUUUCGAUCUAGGGAAGGGUCUCACUCCUGAAGUUCCACAGGGAUUAGCAAUUCUACCGCUAUCUCACUGGUCACUGGAAGAGAAAUAUCCUGUUAACAAACAUGCCGUGGGCCUGUUUCUCAGAACUUGCUUACAGGCGGGCAAGUUUGAACUGGGAAUCGAUGCAUUCAAGAGAUUGAAGGAGAAAAAGCGGCAUUUGAUUGAUGUUGAUAUGUUCCACCUCUACAUGGAGUUGCUCAUGAAAAAUGAUCCAAAAAACUGUGGUGAACAGUGCCUCAAAGUCUUCGAAGAAAUGGAAUCUUUUGAGGGCAUUCCAUUCUCAAAACAUACUCUUGUCCUGGUUUAUCGAUCUUUUGAAGUUCAGUCAUCUAAAAAAGCUGUUUACGACGACGAUCGUCAAGUUGAGAGACUACUGAGGUCAUGCCGGGCGUUCUGCCUUGAGCAAGAGGGCGUUUUUUCAAAAGAAGCUAAGAGCAGGAUCAUUCCAAUUGAAUCAUGGCAGUUUUUUGUCAGAAUAGUAAAGAAUCUCAACGCUCAUGGAAAGGUCACUACAUAUAGCCUAAAAAUGAUACUUGAUGACUUUAUGAAAGCAAUCUGCUAUGGCAUUUUCGAUGUCAAGCAUCUUACAAAAACGGACGUUGCCAGAUCUGUCGAACUCGAGAUCGUGAGACUACUUGCUGUCUUCACACAAAGGCUAGACAUUCCCGAUAUAGAGGAACUUGAUACCAUCAAGGAAGGGCCAGAGAGAGAAAUAUUCUUGCUGAGAAGGCUCGGCAUAAGGUUCAAAAAUGCAUUAUUACGACAUGUAAGCAUUCUGCAAUCAAAGGAACAAGAAAAUGAAGAUGUUAGUGAACUUGAAUGGUCGUUAAAACAGCUGGCACAAAAGUUUAUGGCAAAUCAAACACUAGAAUCGCACGGACGCGAAUCUUGA